GCGGCUCAGCCGCCCCGGCAGUUGGUGCAGCGGCUGUUGGGUUGAGUGCGCUCACCCCACCCCUCCCCUCCUCCGACCGGGGCCCCUAACCCCGCCGGGCCCAGCCCGAGCCCCAGCCCCGGCCUCAACCCCAGUUGGGCCCGUCCCGUGCGGGCUCGUGCCUCCCCUUAAGCCGGCAACGCCCCGGGCCGCCCUCCCGCCCGCCACCAUGGAGCUGGAGGACGGGGUGGUGUACCAGGAGGAGCCCGGCGGCUCCGGGGCCGUGAUGUCGGAGCGGGUGUCCGGCCUGGCCGGCUCCAUCUACCGCGAGUUUGAGCGGCUCAUUGGGCGCUACGACGAGGAGGUGGUCAAAGAGCUCAUGCCACUGGUGGUGGCCGUGCUGGAGAACCUGGACUCGGUGUUUGCGCAGGACCAGGAGCACCAGGUGGAGCUGGAGCUGCUGCGGGACGACAACGAGCAGCUCAUCACCCAGUACGAGCGGGAGAAGGCGCUGCGCAAGCACGCCGAGGAGAAAUUCAUUGAAUUUGAAGACUCUCAAGAACAGGAAAAAAAGGAUUUACAGACACGAGUGGAAUCUUUAGAGUCUCAAACAAGACAACUUGAACUCAAAGCAAAAAACUAUGCCGACCAGAUUAGCAGACUUGAAGAAAGAGAAGCAGAAUUGAAGAAGGAAUAUAAUGCAUUACAUCAAAGACACACUGAGAUGAUCCAUAAUUAUAUGGAACACUUAGAAAGAACAAAACUUCAUCAGCUCUCGGGGGGUGAUCAACUAGAGUCCACAGCUCAUAGUAGAAUUAGAAAAGAACGCCCUAUAUCAUUAGGGAUUUUCCCAUUACCUGCUGGAGAGGGAUUGCUUACUCCUGACACUCAGAAAGGCGGAGAGACUCCAGGAUCAGAACAAUGGAAAUUUCAGGAAUUAAGUCAACCACGUUCUCACACCAGCCUGAAGGAUGAACUUUCUGAUGUUAGCCAAGGAGGAUCUAAAGCUACCACUCCAGCGUCAACAGCUGCUUCAGAUGUGGCAGCAAUUCCUGUUGAUACUCCCUUAAAAGAGGACAAUGACGGAUUUGUGAAGGGUGCAGACACACCAAAUAAGUCAGAGAUAAACAAACAUAUUGAAGUACAGGUAGCCCAAGAAACUAGAAAUGUAUCAACAGGCUCUGCUGAAAAUGAAGAGAAGUCAGAAGUACAAGCAAUCAUUGAAUCCACUCCUGAGUUGGAUAUGGACAAAGAUCUCAGUGGAUAUAAAGGCUCAAGCACUCCCACCAAAGGCAUAGAGAACAAAGCUUUUGAUCGCAAUACAGAAUCUCUCUUUGAAGAACUGUCUUCAGCUGGCUCAGGCCUAAUUGGAGAUGUGGAUGAAGGAGCAGACUUACUAGGGGAAUAUUCUGACCAUAAUUUCUUUGGAAUGGGUCGUGAAGUUGAGAAUCUUAUAUUAGAAAAUACACAACUGUUGGAAACCAAAAAUGCUUUGAAUGUAGUAAAGAAUGAUUUGAUAGCCAAGGUGGAUGCACUGACCUGUGAGAAAGACGUGCUGCAAGGGGAACUGGAGGCUGUGAAACAAGCCAAACAGAAGCUGGAGGAGAAGAACAGAGAGCUGGAGGAAGAGCUUAGGAAAGCUCGUGCAGAAGCUGAAGAUGCAAGGCAAAAAGCAAAAGAUGAUGAUGAUAGUGAUAUUCCCACAGCCCAGAGGAAGCGGUUUACUAGAGUAGAAAUGGCCCGUGUUCUAAUGGAGAGAAACCAAUAUAAAGAGAGAUUGAUGGAGCUUCAGGAAGCUGUUCGAUGGACAGAGAUGAUUCGAGCAUCAAGAGAAAAUCCAGCCAUGCAGGAAAAAAAAAGGUCAAGCAUUUGGCAGUUUUUUAGCCGACUUUUCAGCUCUUCAAGUAAUACUGCUAAGAAGCCUGAACCACCUGUUAACUUGAAGUACAAUGCACCCACUUCUCAUGUGACUCCUUCUGUCAAGAAAAGAAGCAGCACCUUAUCUCAGCUCCCUGGAGAUAAGUCCAAAGCCUUUGAUUUCCUUAGUGAAGAAACUGAAGCUAGUUUAGCCUCACGCAGAGAACAAAAAAGAGAACAGUAUCGUCAGGUGAAGGCACAUGUUCAGAAGGAAGAUGGUAGAGUGCAGGCUUUUGGCUGGAGUCUGCCUCAGAAGUACAAACAGGUAACCAAUGGCCAAGGAGAAAAUAAGAUGAAAAACUUACCUGUGCCUGUCUAUCUCAGACCUCUAGAUGAAAAAGAUACAUCAAUGAAACUGUGGUGUGCUGUUGGAGUCAAUUUAUCAGGUGGGAAGACCAGAGACGGCGGUUCUGUUGUUGGUGCGAGUGUGUUUUACAAGGAUGUUGCUGGUUUGGACACAGAAGGCAGUAAGCAGCGAAGUGCAUCUCAGAGUAGUUUGGAUAAGUUAGAUCAGGAACUUAAGGAACAACAGAAGGAGUUAAAAAAUCAAGAAGAAUUAUCCAGUCUAGUCUGGAUUUGUACCAGCACUCACUCAGCUACGAAAGUUAUUAUUAUUGAUGCUAUUCAACCAGGCAAUAUCCUAGACAGUUUCACUGUUUGCAACUCCCAUGUUUUGUGUAUAGCAAGUAUACCAGGAGCACGAGAAACAGACUACCCCGCAGGAGAAGAGCUUUCAGAAUCUGGACAGGUAGACAAAGCAUCCUUAUGUGGAAGCAUGACAAGCAAUAGCUCCACAGAGACAGACAGCCUGCUGGGGGGCAUCACGGUGGUUGGUUGUUCUGCAGAAGGUGUGACAGCAGCUGCCACUUCGCCCAGUACCAACGGUACCUCUCCAGUGAUGGAAAAACCACCAGAGAAGGAAGCAGAAAGUAGUGAGGUUGAUGAAAAUGUUCCAACAGCAGAAGAAGCAACUGAAGCCACGGAAGGCAACGCAGGGUCUGCUGAAGACACUGUGGACACCUCCCAAACCGGCGUGUACACCGAGCAUGUCUUUACAGAUCCUCUGGGAGUUCAGAUCCCAGAAGACCUCUCACCAGUGUAUCAGACAAGUAAUGACUCAGAUGUGUAUAAAGAUCAGAUAUCAGUAUUGCCAAAUGAACAAGACUUGGUAAGAGAAGAAGCCCAAAAAAUGAGUAGCCUUUUACCAACUAUGUGGCUUGGAGCUCAGAAUGGCUGUUUGUAUGUCCAUUCAUCUGUAGCCCAGUGGCGGAAAUGUCUCCAUUCUAUUAAACUGAAAGAUUCGAUUCUCAGUAUUGUACAUGUGAAAGGAAUUGUGUUAGUGGCCCUGGCUGAUGGCACCCUUGCAAUCUUUCACAGAGGAGUUGAUGGGCAGUGGGAUUUGUCUAACUAUCACCUGUUAGACCUUGGACGGCCUCAUCAUUCCAUCCGGUGCAUGACUGUGGUGCAUGACAAAGUCUGGUGUGGUUAUAGGAACAAAAUCUAUGUGGUUCAGCCAAAGGCCAUGAAAAUAGAGAAAUCAUUUGACGCGCACCCCAGGAGGGAGAGCCAGGUGCGGCAGCUUGCAUGGGUGGGUGACGGUGUGUGGGUCUCCAUUCGUUUGGAUUCCACACUUCGUCUCUAUCAUGCACACACUUACCAGCAUCUACAGGAUGUGGACAUUGAGCCUUAUGUAAGCAAAAUGUUAGGUACUGGGAAACUGGGCUUCUCUUUCGUGAGGAUCACAGCUCUUAUGGUGUCUUGCAAUCGCUUGUGGGUGGGGACAGGAAACGGUGUCAUUAUCUCCAUCCCAUUGACAGAAACCGUAAUCCUCCACCAGGGACGUUUACUGGGGCUGAGGGCAAAUAAAACCUCAGGGGCACCAGGAAAUCGUCCUGGAAGUGUAAUCCGAGUAUAUGGUGAUGAAAACAGUGAUAAAGUGACUCCAGGGACAUUUAUACCUUAUUGUUCAAUGGCACAUGCACAGCUCUGCUUCCAUGGGCACCGGGAUGCUGUGAAAUUCUUUGUGGCUGUUCCAGGUCAGGUCAUCAACCCACAGGGUGGCAGUAGUGGCACAGAUCUAGCAGGUGACAAAGCAGGGCCGUCUGCACAGGAACCGGGCAGCCAGACGCCCUUGAAGUCUAUGCUUGUCAUCAGUGGCGGAGAGGGCUACAUUGACUUCCGGAUGGGUGAUGAAGGUGGAGAAUCAGAACUUCUUGGAGAGGAUCUUCCACUUGAACCUUCUGUCACCAAAGCAGAAAGGAGUCACUUGAUUGUGUGGCAAGUGAUGUAUGGCAGUGAGUGAGCCCAUAGGAAACAGGCAGAGAUGGGAAGCUGUCUCUUCUGCAUGGUUUAUUUUCCCUUUUCCCCUUUAUUUAAUGCUCUCUUUGUGAAAUAAGUUUCACCACAUAGUGUGUGAGCAUUUUUUUCCUGUUAACUUUAUAUUACAAAAUCUCUCCUACUGUAAUAAUACAGGAACUAGCUGUUUUACUGCACCAGUGUUAUAGGCAAUUUCAGUAUGUUAUAAACAAAUCAAAAAAUGUUUACUUUCUGCAAACUGGUGAAUUACAGAAAGCAAUCCAGAUGUGGUUUACUUGCCACAGCUAAUCUCACUCACUUCAUUUGAUGGGAUCACUUUUUACCUGUCACUAAUAAUGGAAUUAAUGGAAACACUUGCUGUACCAUUAAGUACAAUAGUAGAGUUUUCCCCAGUGUAUUAUAGAAUUAACACAAACUAAUACCAGGUGGAUUAUCAUGAUUUAUCUAAAUGUCCCUCCAGGGCUAAAAGCUAACUGUAAAUUACUUAAACUUUCACUUUCAAAUCUGACAAAUCUUGUUUAUAUGGUAUAUAAAGCUUUCUUUCAUCAGAUUUUGGGGGGUUUUAUAUUAAAGAAAUUAAGACUACACUAUUUAAAUAAAAGUUUCCUGUUUCUGACUUAUUAGAUCUCUAAAGUUUAUGAGGCCUGCUCUCUGACUAUUGUGAUUUUUCUUUUUUUCCUUUUUUUUUGAGACUGGUCUCAACUCACUUUCAUACUGACAUGUCUGAAAAGUAUACUAUUUAAAAGGCUUAGAGAUAGGCUUCAGCAAUGGGAGGAUUAAUUUUUUUUAAGCAACUUGUGUUUGGUUACUUGUACCAGCAGAUGGUGGUCAUUGCUCAAGUUUUUCCCAUGUAAAAAAUUCACCUGUUUACCAGUUGUUCUUGGAUUGCUCUUCCCAGCUGAGUAAGGCUGUCAUAGUGAUGGAGUGUGGCCUGACAAACCGAAUGAGAGAUCUGAUUAGGAAGAGUAUUUUCUCUUGUUCUGCAUAAAACUGCGGAAGAGCUACAUCAUGAUAUUUUAUAUAUAAACGAUGCAUUUAAGCUUUUGUGCCCUUUUGAGAUUAAAAUGCCAUCUUCAAAGAGGGAAGCCAUGAAGGGGAAGAAGACAAAGCCAAGACACCAUAAAGUAAAAGUUGAUGUUAAUUUCUUUUCACUCACAAUGUCUAUUCCAAAAAUAGAGUCUGGGUUUAACUGAUGUUCUUGUGUAAGUUUUUAAAAACCAUUAUGCUGCAUUUUUUACCCCCCUCAAGCUGCUUGAAAAUGUGUGCUUUUACCAUUUCUUAUUCAUUACUUUAAGCAAACCUAAAUAAAAAUUUAAGUGCUCUUUUUAAAUAGAAACCUAUUGGGUAAAUGCCCUCCAACCCACAGAAAGACUGCUUCAAGGGAAAGAAAACAAACACAUGUCUCAGCCAGCGUACACAUUCUGAAGUAGCAGGGGUAUUUUUCCCUGAACUUCCAUGCAGAAAUAUUUGUAAAAAGUAUACCAGUGUCUCUUAAGUAUAUACAUGAUCAGGUUGGAUUAUAAGAUACAUGGAUCAGGUUUGGUGAGCCCCAAAGGCCUUUGGGCCCAUUGGGCCACAGGAGUCUGUGCACACAUCGGGCACACAGCAAGACUGUGGCCACUUUAGGUGAUGAGGAGAGGAAAACGCUUUGGGUAAAAGCUAUAGUGAAAGGAUAAUUUUUUGCUUGAGCUACUUAGUCACUUUUCUUCAGGGCACCAAAAUUUAGGCCACUUUUCCGUGGCUUAUAAACUGUGCUUUUAUUUUAAAUCUGAGCCAUUUUUGGCAAUACCUAAAAACAAACCCACAUGAGUAAAUAUUUUGGGGGGGUUGUCAUACAGUUCACAGAAAAGAGUCACCAAAGUGUUCGGGAAUUUUAAUCCCAAGAAGUGAACAUCCCAGAAUCCGACCUUAUUUGCUGUUCAGUCUUUAAUUUAGGAAAUCAGGAGUUAAAGGUGAAAAAUGCAAACAGUGGUUGUAAUUACUUUUUUAAAAAACUUGAUUUAACUUAAGGAAUAUAGUUCUGUAGUUAUUUUAUCGCAAGCUGUCACAUUAUCUGUAGUCCUGUUAAUUAAACUUCAGGGACUAAAGAAAAUAUAAAAAUGCUUGUAUAAUUUUUUUUAAGGGCUUGUCCUUGUGUUUGUAAUUUCAGUAAAAUAUUUCUACAGAUUACUUUACUUCCCUAAAAAUAGAUUUAUAUUCUUGUAACAGUCACUUUGAUCAAGGUGAUAACUUUUACAGGCAAAUUCCAAAAUGUAAGCUUCUUAUACACAGCAGAGUGGUUGGUGUGAACUGCAUGCAGCUAUUGAGUCCAGGGCAGAGAGGUUGGUCUCUCCGUGUAAAAAAGUUUACCCCUAUUGAAAGAAACAAGGAAUCCCCAAGAAUUCUCUUAUUUGUUAUGCUUGGGGGAUGUACGAGGUUGAGCCAUGUGCAGUCGCUGUUGUUCAGCCAUUGCUGAUCUGCACAAUGGCAGUGUCAUCACACCAGCCUAACACUGGAAUGCUGCUUCAAGUCCCUGUGAGGCAAAGGGAGACUAUUGUCCAGCAACCCAGUUUUGAGAAAGUUUUUCUCUAACUCAUACAGAUCUAAAUUUUUUAAAUUGUGAAGGAUAUCUUACUAGCUGCAGCUUGUUGAGAGUGUCAAACAUUUGAGCACAAAAUAUGCAGCACAUAACUUUGCAGAUUAAAUGUGUUUGCACAGAAAGAUUAAAAUACAUUCUCUCAGUUGCUGCAUUGCUCAUUUCUUGUAAAGGUCUCCUACAUUUGAGAACAGACCCUUUAACACUGGCUGCCAUAGUAACAAAACAAAGCAAAGCAAUUGUGUCUCAUAAUACUAACUGUCCUAAAGAACGUGUGUCUUACAAAUGCUGUGGAACUGAAUAUUUAUUUCCUUGUGAGUAUUAUGACUGUUACCAAAGGACUCAGCCAGAUUUAGGGCUCUUCUUAAUUGAUCAUGUUGAGGAAGGGACUCAUUUAGUCCCAGUUUAUAACAUGGAAAGAGUAGAGAGAAUUAAAUGUGGAAGUCAUAAAUGCUUUUCUAACAGGGUUAUGCUGUUUUGUAACACUAAUGUCUUUUUCUCUUUAAAAAGUUAAGUUUUUAUCAGUUUUGUCAUACAUUUCUCAGUAUUUGAAUAUGUUUUAAUCAUUUUAUGUUCUGAAUUUGUUUUUUGUCCUAGACAUUUAUUACCUGCCUCUGUAAUCUGAAAAAUGGGUUCUAGAAUGUCCCACUUGCUGUCUCUUAGAGGCUGAGGCCUCGUUGCUAUGAGCAAAAAGCUGAUUUAGCAAUGUAGUUAUUUCAGUAUUUAUUUCUAUUAUGGAAUCCCUGGGGUUCAGAUUGUAACUUUGUACAUGAAAUAUAUAUAAAUAUGUAUAUGAAACAUG